AGCAGGAGAUCUAAAACUAAAAAAGAAUAGGGUUUUUAAUUUUUUAUUUUUGCGUGGUUUCCCCUCCGUUUUCAUCACCAUCGCAGCCGCCCAGCUCUAGCUCUGCUUGGGGGGGACGGCGAAACUUCACAUAUGGCAUCUCUUACUCUUAAGGAGGCUUCGGAGGGGACUGCGGGUUGUAUUAUUCUCGAGCUAUUUGGCUGAAAUUAGUCAGCCUCUGUCAUUUAAAACCUACAUAAAUUCAUAUAUGAACAUCAAGUAAUUUAUCGAAAAUGUUGAGGGCAAAGCAGAUUAGCCAAAUUUCACAGUGUGCCAGGUCUUUUUAUCUAAGUGGCCCAAUAUAUGGUACAGCUGAUGGUGCCCCAAUUUCUUCCUCAGAAGAUGAAAAACAUGCUUCGAGAAGUCAGUCGAGAAGUUCUGAUGUCCUACUUAAGCAACAGAAAUCUCAUGUCUUCUCUUCACCUGUAACUAGUACAGGUAAUACAGGAUCUUCCAGUCUCAGAAAUGCAUUUGGAUCUACCAUUCAAUUAGCUUCGAAGGCUUCCUCAUUCCCAUCAGCAGCUUCACAAGUCUUCGCGCCUAUCUCGUCAUUAGGAUCAGAUGUAAAUGCUGUAAAUGAAAAGGUUAAGCUGAACAUAAAUGCUGUUGCUGUUUCUUGCAAUGAUUUGCCACUUCCAUCUAAGGCCAGAGAUGAUCACGAAGGUGAAGCUGGCAAUCCAAUUACCAAUAAGAUGGUAAGUUGUAAUGGCCCAGUUGCAGUUAAACAAGCUCUCUCUGAUACAAAGUGUUGCAAAUCUGACUCUAAGCCGCCAACGGCAACUCCGGAAUCAUUCUAUGAAAAGCCACGUAAUCGAGCUAAGUACACAAAGGUUCAGGCAAACUGUUCCACCAACACAGAAUGUGGGCCUAGUUCAGUUUCUGCUGUUCAUACUGAUCCAGCUACUGUACCAGAAAAGUCCAGUACAAUUCGAGCUAAGCAGAACAGCCAUUCGACGGCCAUGAAAAUGAAGAAGUCACAGUCAAAGUUCACAAACUCACAUUUUGUAGCAGAGAAUGAAAGAUUAUAUCCAAAUGGCUUAUUUUCAGUUGCAAAAUCAGCUGGGAGAUUCUCAGAAGAAAAUGGUGCAGUAGUGGCACCUAAUAAUCACGAAUACGCUCAUAAAUUCUCACAACCUUCAAAAUCUUCAAGAUUCCAGCCUGUGGUUUUACAGUCUUCCAAGCAUCCUAUAAACUCUUUACAUACAACAGAACAUUAUUAUCGCGUGUUGCAGCAGCAAAAAUGGGGUCCUAUGGCCGAAGUUUCUCUGAAUAAUCUUGAACACAAACUGGAUGCAUUUCAAGCAAACCAAGUCCUGAAAUUGUUGUCUGAUCAUUCUGUUGCCCUUGGCUUCUUCAAUUGGCUAAAAAGACAACCCGGAUUCAAGCAUGAUGAGUACACAUACACCACCAUGAUCGGCAUCCUCGGCAAAGCCAGACAAUUCAAUGCCAUGAGAGAACUUCUACGAGAAAUGAUCAGAGAUGGAUGUUUGCCCACUGUUGUCACGUAUAAUCGAAUGAUCCACGCAUAUGGUCGAGCCAACUUCAUUGGGGAAUCUGUUAGAGUUUUCCAUGAAAUGCAAGAACUUGGUUUUGAGCCUGACCUGGUCACUUACUGCACUCUUAUUGAUAUUCACGCAAAAGCUGGCUUUCUUGAUGUCGCCCUCAACCUCUAUCAGAGAAUGCAAGCGGUGGGUCUUUCCCCUGACACUUUCACCUACAGUGUGAUGGUGAACUGCCUCGGCAAAGGUGGCCGACUUGCCGCUGCUCAGAAGAUGUAUCUUGAGAUGAUUGAAAAUGGUUGUGUUCCUAACCUUGUCACAUACAAUAUCAUGAUAGCUCUGCAAGCUAAGGCAAGAAAUUAUCCCAGCGCAGUUAAACUUUACAGAGAUAUGCAAGUUGCUGGCUUUCGUCCAGAUCAGGUGACUUACAACAUAGUCAUGGAAGCUCUUGGUCAUUGCGGUCGUAUCGAGGAAGCUGAAGUCGUCUUUAAUGAGAUGAGGAAAGACUGUGUACCUGAUGAGCCUGUUUAUUGCCUUAUGGUAGAUUUGUGGGGUAAAGCCGGCGACAUUGAGAGAGCUUGCGCAUGGUACUUCGCCAUGAUUGAGGAAGGUUUGAAGCCGAAUGUCCCUACAUGUAACUCUCUAUUGAGUGCAUAUCUUCGAGCGCAUCGUUUCACUGAGGCUCGUGGUGUUCUUCAAGACAUGCUUUGUAUUGGACUUGUGCCAUCUUUACAAACCUAUACUCUUCUUCUCAGCUGCUGCAACUCAGAGAUGGUACUGUGCGGCGAGUUAAUGGCCAUCACGGGCCAUCCAGCUCAUUCCUUCCUUUCAUCUCUACCAAAUGCUGAGCCAAGCGGGGAGAAUGUGAGGAAUCAUACAAGCCAUUUCUUUGAUCUGAUGCACAGCGAGGACAGGGAAAGUAAGAGGGGUCUUGUCGAUGCUGUUGUGGAUUUCCUUCACAAGUCUGGGCUCAAGGAGGAAGCUGGAUUUGUGUGGGAAGUCGCCGCACAAAGAAACGUUUAUCCUGAAUCGUUAAGGGAGAAAAGCAAAUCUCAUUGGCUUAUUAAUCUCCAUGUAAUGUCGGAAGGGACGGCGGUGACUGCAUUGUCGAGAACAUUGGCAGGGUUUCAGCGGCGGAUUCUUGAAGCAGGCGUUAAGCCGUGGAGGAUCGAUAUCAUAACUGGAUGGGGGAGGAGAAGCAGGGUUACAGGUUCUUCUUUGGUUAGGCAGGCUGUAGAGGAACUGCUUUAUCUCUUUCAGUUUCCUUUCAGUGCCAAUAGCAAUAAUGGGUGCUUUGUAGGAUGUGGUGAGCCUCUAAAUCAAUGGCUUUUAAAUUCUUAUGUUGAGAGAAUGCAUUUGUUGUAGCUUUUUAGUCCCUCUACCAAAUUUUCUAUCAUUUUGGAUCAUUCAAAUGAUAGUUUUUGCGUUGCAGAA